AAGAAAUGUUUUCCUAAUUGUAAUGCUACCUAACAUUUAAAAUGGCACAAGAGAGUCACCGACGUCUUUUAGUGUUACAAUGCCAGGAGCCUCUGGGUAUGGAAUCGGGCACUAUACCAGACGAAGACAUCGAAGCCUCUAGCGUAGAAAACCAGUACACAAGACCACCUCGUGCCAGGCUUAAUACGCUUAAUACGGUAAUCGGACAAAGUGGAUGGAGAGCGGCGGUAUACGAUCUAGAACAGUGGAUUCAAGUCUAUCUUGGUGGGGUAAAGAUCGUCUCUGGUAUAAUCACACAAGGUAGAGACCAAACGAACAUGUACGUAAGUCGCUAUGAAAUUCUACUAAGUAUGGAUGGUGUAGUUUGGCAGUAUAUAACAGACACUGACGGCAAUAACAAGAUUUUUAUUGGCAAUACAGACGGGUCCACAGCAGUUACUAACGUAUUUUCAACAACGUUCCAAACCAGUUAUGUCCGGAUCCAUCCAGUUGAGUGGCGUAAACAUAUAAUCAUUAGAUUUGAAGUACUAGGUUGUGAAGAUCAAGCAAAUGAAAUGUCAACAUUAUCAACCACUCUUGUAACCACAUUAGUGGAACCGAGUACCUUAGAAGACAACGCUCGAACUACAACUAUCAAUUAUAUCUGCAUCUACCAGUAUCCACUUGGUGUUGAAGAUGGAAAUAUUGGCUCAGACAAACUGACAGCGUCCAGUGAGGCCAAUGACAUACACGGGCCUCGUCGUGGUAGACUUAACACUGUACCAGAUAGUGAUGGAAUUGGAUCUUGGUCUGCGGGUUCCAACGACCAAAAUCAAUGGAUUCAAGCUGACCUGAGUACCGUAAAGGGCGUUACUGGAGUGGUCACACAAGGCAGAAAUGAUUACAAUCAGUGGGUGACAUCAUAUGAAGUGUUCCACAGUUUACAUGAUACAUUCGAAACAGUUAUGGAUGCAAGUGGUCAAACUGCUGAGUUUACUGGAAACUGGGAUAGAGAUACACCUGUGACAAACACAUUCUAUGCUCCAGUGUACGCUCGACUCAUCCGUAUCCAUCCAACAAGUUGGAGUGGACACAUUAGUCUGAGGUUUGAACUUUUAGGCUGUCCAGUGAUUAAUUGAUUCACACUUCUUAGGUUUGAAAUACAUGGAAACAAAGUUUGUAAGUACUGUAUUAAAUAAAUUCUAAUUAAGUUAAGUAAUACCAUUCUGUAAGUUUCUUUGCAUACGAGAAUAGCUUUAAUUAUACAAAAUGAACCGUGAUGUUCUUUAAGGCUAUACAAACCACUAUUAAAAUAUAUACUCCAUAUCUAUUAAAAAUGCAUGGUUUCAGCACAUGGACGUCGUGUGCUGAUAACAUUCUGACGUGUUAAAUGAAAUUAAUUUCAUUUAUUUUUUUAUUACAUUUAUAGGAGGUGGAGGUUUACUCUCCUUUAACUAAUAUCACCAAAUCGACGCAGCAGAACCACCAAGUCCCUGUUAAUUAUCUGGAGAUUUACGGAACUUUCUUUAGAAUGCUAGACUAAACUUCUGUACACAA